UUUUCCCCUUAUUUCCAUCGGAUCGUAAUGACACUGAACCCCCCCCGCGCCCCCCCAUCUUUCCUCGGCGUCUCUUCACUGUCGACAACAACAACAUUUGGCCACGAGUCACCGAGCCCAUUCGUUCCCGUAUCCACUGAAUCCCCCCACCCCCUCCCGCUCUCUCUCUCUCCCCCCCUCCUGCUGCGGAGAAUGGUUUAACCCGCCCCCCCCCUCAGUGAGCGAGGCUCGCGAGCACAAAGGAAGCGCCACACUGGUCGAGUCAGCGGGGAUGAGCGCGAUGUAAACACGGACUGAGGCACCGCAAGGCAGCGUCUCCGGUCCCCGUCGCAGCAGCGGGCCGUUAUCGGCGUUGGAUCUUCCACGAGGUGCCCGUGGUCCGGACGGCCGAAGGCCGGGCAGAGAGUGGGGACAGACAGAACCACGAGGAGUUCAGCAUUGUUUCGGGUUUUUUUUAGCUUCGGGCUUUCCUGGAGUUGCUCGCAGUCUGUUUUUGUGUGUGUGUGUGUGUGUGUGUGUGUGUGUGUGUGUGUGUGUGUGUGUGUGUGUGUGUGUGUGUGCGCGUGUGUGUGUGUGUGUUUGAGCCCGGUGGUUCACUGGGACCAUAGUGUUGGGUUUUUCAAUCAUACAUAUAUAUAUAUAUAUAUAUUCCUCUCUCUCGUCUGGACGACGUCGACGACAAAGGAAACAGACGCUGAUAUGUUGCGUUUGCUGAGGUAAACACGUCUCAAUGGGUGAGACCCACUGAUCCGCUCCUCCUUUCACAUCCCCCGCCACUCCAAAACCCGUGCCCCCCCCCCUCUCUCACCUCCCCACCGUCCACUGCGGUCACCAUGACUUCCACCGACCAACUGCUGGGUUUGGCUGAGGGGAGCCUGAGGUGUGACCAGGAGAUUGAGAGGAGAUAUGAGAUUGUUCCCUCGGUGGUCUGCUCCAUGUGCUGCCUCUUUGGAAUCAUCUACUGCUUCUUUGGCUAUCGAUGCUUUAAGGCCGUGUUGUUCCUCACCGGCCUGAUGUUCGGCUCGGUGGUCAUCUUCAUGCUGUGCUACAAGGAGAGGGUGAUGGACACUCAGCUGAGCGUGGAGGCAUCGGUGGGCAUCGGCUUGGGGAUCGGCACCCUGUGUGGCCUGGUGACCAUGUUGGUCCGCAGCGUGGGGCUGUUCAUGGUGGGCCUCCUGCUGGGCCUGCUGGUAGGAGUGGCUUCACUGGUGGCCAUGGAGGAGUUCUACCACCCCAGAACAGUGUGGGUUCCUCUGGGUAUCCUCCUGGGUUCCGGGACGCUGUUCGCCGUCCUCACUCUCCAAUGGCAGCGCUGUUUCGUCACCCUCUCCACCGCCACCUUCGGCUCUGCGGUGAUCACCGUCACCGUGGACUACUUCAUAGAGCUGUUCGCCUUGGUGCACUACGUCUACGAGAGACUGCGGGUGGCGCCAAAGAAGCCAGUGUGCUGGUUUACGUGGAUCAUCUUGGGGGUGUGGCCUGUGUUGGCCCUCCUCGGAGUGCUGAUCCAAUGGAAAGUGACCGCCGAGGGAUUCUCCCACACGGAGGUGGUUCUGAGUCGACAGCAACGGAGAGUUCAGCUGAUGCGGAUCCGACAGCGGGAAGAGAGGCUGAAAAAGGAGAAGGAGAACAAAAAGAAGAAGAAACGAGAGAACCAGAAGACCAACCACAAGCAGAAAGCCCACACCCAUCACCACCACCACCACCACCAGCACCAGCAGUACCGUCACCCUGCGGCGUCCCACCCGCAUCACCAAGCCCAGAGCACCCAGCCACCCAAAGCCCCUCCACCUCAGACCGAGCCGGGCCACCAACGCAAGGCCAACUCCAAAAGGCGCUUUGAUGGAGACGUUCUGUCCCCGAGCUACAUCAAGAGCUUCAGGGACCGACAGACGGACAGACGAGCCUACUCCAGCAGCCGCAUGAUGAGCCGCUCCCGCAUGGCAGAACUCGACUACGACUGCGGCUCUCGAGUGCCCCUCACGGCUCCCAGCGGACCCCCGGUCCACAUCUGAGACAUGGAAAAUGAACACGCGUCGCCCCGACCUCGCACACAGCUACACGAGGUCACUUCGAACCUCUUUGUCACUGUUAAGGUUAUCAAAACCUAAACCCCGUGUGUCAACUGUAUCAGGAGGUGGUGAGUCGCACGCUGGUUUUCUCCUCCUUUUUUUUGUGACCAGUGUAGUUCUGUUGUGUUGGUUACAACUCUCAACACACAAGAGCAGCCACCUCUUCUUUUAGAUGGAGCAAGAACUGUACGCUUGGUCAAAUGUCAAACGCAGUCAUCACUUACUGUAUUAGGCUUAAAACACGGUUUUUAAAUUUGGUUCUGGAGGACAUUGGGAAUAAUGGAGCAGAAAAAAAACAUCUCAAGGCAUCCGUGGACUCAAGGUGGCACAGUCUUCACUUAACCCUCGGCGGCAUCUUUAGUUCAAGGGAAAUUAAGGAGUCAACGUUUAGCUUGAAGGAUCCCAUUAAGAGCGCUCAGAGGAGGAAUGUGGCAGAAAAACAACAACAGAAAACACAGCUGAAGACUGAAACAGCAAGGCAGCUCUUUUUCAUCAUUUUCUCCACUGAAAGGUCAGCGUGUGACGGGAGGUGGACACCGCGUUAUCUUCACUGACAGCCUGUGAAUCCAGAAAUGCCAACGCAAGUCUUCUGCCGCUUCAAACGGUGGGAGAGGAACUUAUUUCAGGUGUGCAGAGUUAAAACCUAAGUCCAAUGUUCUGUUAUUUCAGCCAUAAGCGCUCCAUGUCAUCGCCUACAUUUAUGCCAUUCUUCCUUUUGAAUGUGCUUCCAUCUCGUCAUUCUCCUUUCUAGAGACACGGACGCAGUUCCCCUUCUUUUCUUCGAAAGCUACUGUAUGUAAUUAUCUAAUGUUGACGUGAAAGCUCACGCGUCACUUUUCCUCUUCUUAUCCAGGAAAAUUUGACUUUUUUAAUUUAUUCGUCAGCUCUCUCAAUAUGAUGUUGAAGCGCACACAGAAGGAACUGCCAUCUGAUACUUGCCAUCCAGGAAUAAGACGUUUAAAAUUCAGAGUGUAAAUCGGGGAAUAAACCCGGCAGUGAAGAAGUUAAACCUACUGUGUGUGUGUGUGUGUGUGUGUGUGUGUGUGUGCGUGCACACAGAAGCCCUGUGGUAAGUGAUGGAUUGCACCACACACUGGCAGUAGAGGAGUAGAGGGGGAUUCGUGGACGAAGCUGUUUCACUUGUCUUCUUUUCUCACAUGUAUGCUGGUUCACGUUGGAGAACCGGCAUACUCGUAUAUGUAAAUGUUAUAGUUUGAAUGUCGUGUGUACUGAUGAAAAGGACGAGGAGGAGGGAGAUAAUCUCAUGUAAAUGAAGAAACAUGAAAUCAUUUGCGCCCUGCUGUUGAUGUUUACUGCUGGACCAGAUUUUUUUUUAUAGACUUGCUGUUUUUGUGUGCAUAUGUUUGUGUGUUACAUGCAUUUGCGUGUGGGAGGCUUUUGAAGCCAAACGUGUUCCCAGACAUUAAUGUUGUUGUGCCAAACAUCCGGAGAGUUGGAUUUGUAAAAAGACGUAUUUUCAGUAAAAAGGAACUGCUUCUUGUUUUAUUUAAACCUCUUUGGAAGUAAGCUACGAUAAACACCAACACUGCCAAUGUAGCAAUUUUGGGAGAAUCCAUGAGAGUUAAAUGAACAAAAAGAUUCCACAGUAGUGUUCUUGAAUACUGAAUAUCCGAACCAGGCACCAGGACCAAUCCUUCUCACCUGGGUCCAUUACUGCAUGAGAAUCCCCGUGUAACCGUCUCCUUUAUGUCGGUGUUUCAGCGUGUCACUGUUGUCGUGUGAAAACCUCAGAUUUACGUUUUAAAUUUGUUGGUCCCACAAAACACAAUCCAACACCGAGUGAUGAAAUAAGACUCUUCUGCCAGCAUCUUCUCCACUCUUCUUUUUCCCCUGCUCUUGAAAUGCAUUUUGCUGAGUCACCCUUCUAUUCUGCUGUAUCAUUGUUAUGCCAGCAAUAUUUUGCAGUAGUGAGUGUACAGGUGUUAUUUGUGGUUGUGCUCGCACUUCGGUCCCAGUUCGGUCUUCUUUUAGGGUUUCACUCUAUUCUACUCAAUCUAUCUAACAUUUUAGACUCUUUUUUUAUUAUUCAUUUUAAUAUUUUGUGGUCACUACUGAAUAUCUGUUGAAGAAACACUUGUAGAUAUUGAACUGUAAAUAAUUUUCAAAUGUGCAACUUUCUUUAACUUUCAUGUUGAUACCAUGAACACUUCUGUCAUCUAUCCUGCAGAUUGGACCUGUGUUUCAUUGUCGUUAAUGUCCUAUUGGUUUAAUUUGUCUGGGUGGUGGAUGCACUUGUAUCCUUUUCAUCUUGUCGUUUCAAUGUGUGAUGUUGAAGAACAGCCGCAACGGAUUAUCAGGAGCCAUCGCUAAUUCAACAAUUGCUCAAAAUGGCAAGCGGAGACGCCAAUUUGUUUUCUUACCACCCUGUUUAUUUCAUUAUUAUUAUUAAUAACCCUGUCAUUAUUAUUAUUGAUAGCAUGAAUUUAUAUGGACCUACAAUAUGAUAAACAUUGUGAUUCUACAA